AUGUCGUCGUGGUACAAUACCAACAGCUGUUUGGACAAACUAAGCGCAUUCCAGGUUUCAAUAUCUGCAUUACCCAGCCACUCUAGUGAUAAAUUGCGAUUGAGCGUGCUGCGGGAUGCAACUGAGAAGCAAGACUGGUUCUUUUUGACCAUGCACCAGUGCUACUGUAUGCUCACCACAGCUCCCGAGACUCUACCUGAUAGCAUUAAAAAUCUUCAGGGCUUGCCUCAGGCAGAAAAGGUACUUCAGGACAUUCUUACACCCAACCAAAAUUUGAGUUCUGGGGUCCUGUACUUCUUCUCAAAUUACCCGUAUCCCAUGCAAGAAAUCUGUGCCAGGUGGCUCUCGGGUUUUGAUUAUCAGGUGCAAUUGUUCAGCGUGUUUGUGGCUCAUUGCUUCAACUACGAAUACCUAAAGAGCACAUGCGAUCAGCGUCGUUAUCCACCACUCGCACGCGAAAUGGACAUAAGUCUCUGUAUCCCUUCGAGUGUUUUCCAGCGCCUCGUAUUUACUGCAUUUUUACGCUACCUCUGGCGCGCCAACCCAAAAACUCCCCUUGCGGAUCAAUUCGAGGCCACGGCUGUUGCUAUUUUUCAGCAAAAUCAGGUCGAUUAUUUCCGCCAGAUAAUUGAAUCGACUCCUGCCCAGUCUCGAGAGGCACUGGCUACGGAACAAGUCUGUGCUUCCAAGCUCCGAGCGACUGUCGAAGGCUAUGAAAAUGCCCUUCGCCAAGCAGGUCCCACUGUUCAUCAAGUGUACGAACAAAAUCAUGCCCCGUCUCUACCAAUCAACACAAAUCUACAACCCCAAUCGGCACCAACACCAACAUCAGCUCAAAUCCAGACGAAGCCGCACACGAGCUUGCUUCCGCCAUCUGGGCACGUACAGCCUCAACAGCGCGUGGCCAAUGCUGCUAGAUUCUCUCUCCACCAAGCCCAUUUGCGAAGCCCCGUCCUCACUGCGCAUUCCGUCCCAUCAGCGCUGUAUACGUUCCAAGAAGGAUAUGUCAAAUCCCCUGCGCGACUGUCGGAACCAGGCUGUACAAUGGAAAAAUGGGUUUUUGUAGUGACACCUGAUAAGAUGAGUUCGUUCCCUAAGACUGUCCGCCAAUCAGUUGCCGACCCCGGCAUCCGAAAUAUCAACGAGACAAACAAGAUUGCUCGUCUGCGCUGUAUCAAAUGGAAAAACGGGACAGAUACACCAAAGGAACAUGUCUGGGCAACCACUGAUACAUCAUGGAUACCGUACCUGUAUCUUAGCUUAAACGGUACGCGUCUCGAAACACGCAAAAAGAUGCAUCAGGGCAAGGACUUGGCUGUCGACGUUACUGACCUACUUCGCGAGGGCGAAAACAUUCUCGAAAUGACCGUCAUAACCCAACCAAGCGACACAUCGCACUUGGACUACCUCCUCGCCAUUGAAGCCAUCACCAUCAUCUCCCACGACUCCAUCAGACUAAACUGCACAACCCAAAACCGCGUCCCCGCCCAGACUGUCCUCGAAUCCAUAAAACAGAAACUCUCAGGCUCUUCGACCGCCGCCGCCACCGACGACGACGACGUCCACAUCGUCCAAAGCAACAUGACCAUCAACCUCCGUGAACCCUUUAGCCAAUCCAGACUCUGUGACACACCCGUCCGCAGCAAAUUCUGUCUUCACAACGACUGCUUCGACCUCGACGUCUUUUUGUACUCCCGACCUCAAAAAGGCCAUGCAUCCGUCGUGGACCAAUGGAAAUGUCCCAUUUGCGGCACCGAUGCAAGACCGAAUGUGCUGGUACACGAUGGCUUUAUCGAGCAUGUGAACAUGGCGCUUGAGGCGAGGGGAUUGAGCGAGACGAGGCAGAUUGUUGUGCUGCAGGAUGGCGAGUGGAGAGUCAAAGAUGAAAGCGAGGGUGGGGCGGCGCAACGGCGUGAGUCUGAAGAGGGUGAGGCUUCUACGCAUGGUACUGCUAGUGCUGCGCUUCAGCGAUCGUCUGUGCCCAGGUCGUCGUAUAUGCCUAUACCUGCCGACGUCGAGAUUAUUGAUCUUAGUGAUUAA